AUAGGAGGAAAACAGAGUGACACACAGAGAGAGAAGAGAAAAGGUGAGGGGCUGGUGCUCUUGCUCUUUGUGCCCCUCUUCCCGUUGUGACUGUGGGUGUGUGUGGACUGUGGAGAGGCGAACGUCCCCUUCUACUUCGACAAAACCCCAUUCUGCUCGCACCUCUGAAACUCCAAUCGUCGUUGACAGAGGAGGCAGUUGCGAGGUACGCUCGAUCUGCAGCUAAAUCCAGAGGAGGAGAUAAGAGGAAGGGGCAGAUCUAUGGGCAACGCCAGGAGUACGGCUCGUGUGCUACCAUUUAAGACCCACGUUCCAGAUUUAGAAUGGAAGAUUCAGGACUUCUCAUUGCUACUUGAUUUGGGGGCUAAGUCAGCAACAUCUGCUGCUUUUCACUGCUCUGGGUUUGAAUGGUACUUGCAUGUGAAUCCAAUGCAUGAAAAUCCUGGUUCUGGAACUCCAUAUGUUGCUCUUUUUCUUAUGCUAUCAAGAAAAAAGUUGAAGCGAGGUGACACAGUGCAUGCUGUUUUUGAGUUGUCAAUAUACAACCAUUCAAAAGGAAUGUAUUGUGGAUGCCAAGCUAACUACAACUUCGAUUUCAAGAAUGACUAUUCGAAGAAGGAAUGCUUGAUUCCUCUUAAGGAGCUACUGAAAUCAUCCACUUUUCUAGUUGAUGACAUAUGUGUCUUUGGUGUGGAGAUAUUAAAAGUUGAUGUCUCGUCUCCUGAAGAGAAGGCUGUUGUGGUUCAGAAGAAGACUACCACAGUUCAGAACAUGUUUCUCCAGAACAAGGGAUUCAUCCAAGGGACAUACACCUGGACCAUAAACAAUUUCUCAGAGUUGGACUCUAAGCACUUCGUCCGUUCUCCUACAUUUGAAGUGGGCGGGCUUAAAUGGUACAUCGGCAUGUAUCCACGUGGUGACAAGUUCAGCACUGAUUCCCUCUCUAUGUUCUUGUACGUGGAUGCCUCGAAGAAGCUCCCUCUCGAAUUUAAGAAUGUGGCUGUAGUGACUCUCUCGAUCCUGGACCAAAAGAAUGGGAAACACUUGACUAGAACAACAGGUCUCUGGGUGUGUACAUACGGCUGGGGAUGGUCUGACUUCCUUGGACUCAAGAAACUCAAGGACCCGUCUGGAGGAUAUCUUGUAGGCUCGAACUGCAUUAUCAAGGCAGAUAUCACUAUUGUCGGGUCAUCCACUGAUGGCUAGAUCUAGCUCAUGGCCUGCUGAAGACAUAAUGCCCUUUCAUCUAGACUUAUAUAUAAGACAAUGUUGUGGUAGCAGUACUAAGAACUUGUGGGAUUAUUAGUAUUGACCUGGAUUCGAGAAGUGAGACAUCAUAUCUUACCUACUCCUAUAUAUUUCUAGGUCUACAUGUAUGGACGGAACAUAUGAUUUGGGAAGCACUUCCUUAUGCCUGGAUGAUGCAACUAUGUCAGUCAGCAUGUCUUUGCUACACUCAUGUAGGUUUUCAGCUGAAUGAUGUUAUCUCUCA